AAUAGGAGGCACAUUUUCUUUAGGUUUAGGCAGGUAUAAAUGUAAGGGUUAAAAUGAGUAGAGUGUCAGUGUAACAGUACGAAAGUGCUUUAAAGGACUACUACCACCACCGUCAUGGGCAGGAUCAUCUUCUACGAGGACAGGAACUUCCAGGGUCGCUCUUAUGAGUGCAUGAGCGACUGUGCUGACAUGUCCUCCUACUUGAGCCGCUGCCACUCUUGCAGAAUUGAGAGUGGAUGCUUCAUGAUGUAUGAUCGCCCAAACUUCAUGGGAAAUCAGUAUUUCUUUAGGAGGGGAGAGUAUGCUGAUUACAUGUCUAUGUUUGGCAUGAAUGAGUGCAUCAGAUCUUGCCGUAUGAUCCCUAUGCACAGAGGACCCUUCAGAAUGAGGAUUUACGAGAGGGAGAACUUCAUGGGCCAGAUGUAUGAGAUGAUGGAUGACUGUGACAACAUCAUGGACCGCUACCGCAUGUCUCACUGCAAUUCCUGUCAUGUGAUGGACGGUCACUGGCUCAUGUAUGAGCAGCCCAACUACAGAGGAAGGAUGCACUACUUCAGGCCUGGAGAGUACAGAAGCUUCAGCAAUAUGGGUGGCAUGAGAUUCAUGAGCAUGAGGCGUAUCAUUGAUUCCUAUUAUUAAAAAUGAAAUUGCAAAAAUUUUCUAAGAACAUGUGAUACUACAAUAAAUUCUAGAAAUAAUUUCUAAA